AAAAAUAGUUUUAGAGAGGAGGAAGGGGGGUAGGUGUGAGAUUGACCGAACCACCUACGCACACGUACCAUCUCUAUUCCACAAGACUUGUCUAACUCACUCACUAUAUAAACCCAUCUCAACUCUCUCUCCUUUCUCAGCUUGACUCUCUUUUCUCCAAAAGAGAACCCCCAAGCUGUAACUAACUAAUCCAAAAACACAAAAAACCCCUUUUUUUUUUCAUUUUCAAAAAUGAAGGCCUUAACAACAACGCCUCCCUCAACUAACAAUCUCAAGCCCCUAAUCCGCUCCCCUGCGGUACCAACCCGACCCAAUUUUAUUCGGGUUUACCCGACCCGAGUUUCGAUUCAAUGCGCUUACCGUUCUGAAUCCAUGAAUUUCCCAAACGGCGUCGGAUCCAGUCGAAGCGAUUGGCAGAGCUCUUGUGCUAUUUUAGCUAGUAAGGUUGUGAGCCAAGAGCAGCCGACUGAUAAAGCCGGCGGCGCAGAUCACGUAGCCGCCGUUAACGGACACAAAACCGCUAUUGAUCUGAAUCUUGUUCCGAUUGAGAAGGUUUCCGAGGAAAACGACGGCGGCUGCGGCGGUAAUAGUAAUAAUAAUAAUAAGCCGGUUUCUAAGCCGCUUACUAUAACUGAUUUAUCUCCUGCGCCGAUGCACGGCUCGCAGCUUCGCGUGGCUUAUCAAGGUGUUCCCGGUGCUUAUUCUGAAGCCGCUGCUGGUAAAGCUUAUCCGAACUGUGAAGCCAUACCUUGUGACCAAUUCGAGGUAGCUUUUCAAGCUGUUGAGCUUUGGAUAGCCGAUCGAGCCGUUCUUCCUAUUGAAAAUUCUUUAGGCGGUUCGAUUCAUCGAAAUUACGAUCUUCUCCUUCGUCACCGUCUACAUAUCGUCGGAGAAGUUCAACUUCCGGUUCACCACUGUCUUCUCGCUCUACCUGGAGUUCGUAAAGAGUACUUAACGCGCGUGAUCUCACAUCCCCAAGCACUCGCUCAAUGCGAACUCACUCUCACCAAACUCGGUCUCAACGUAGCGCGUGAAGCAGUCGACGAUACAGCCGGAGCAGCAGAAUACGUCGCAGCACAUAAUCUAAGAGACACAGCCGCGAUUGCAAGCGCACGCGCCGCCGAUCUAUACGGAAUGAACAUCUUAGCAGAUGGAAUCCAAGACGAUUCGAGUAACGUAACUCGAUUCGUUAUGCUCGCUAGGGAACCAAUAAUUCCGAGAACCGAUCGUCCUUUCAAGACGAGCAUAGUCUUCGCUCACGAUAAGGGAACUUCGGUCCUUUUCAAGGUUCUUUCGGCUUUCGCUUUCAGAAACAUAAGUCUGACGAAGAUCGAAUCGAGGCCGCACCGUAACCGUCCGAUUAGGUUGGUGGAUGAUGCUAACGUCGGUACGGCUAAGCAUUUCGAGUACAUGUUCUAUGUGGAUUUCGAAGCUUCAAUGGCGGACGUUAGGGCUCAGAAUGCAUUGGCUGAGGUUCAGGAGUUCACCUCAUUUUUGAGGGUAUUGGGAAGUUAUCCAAUGGACAUGACGCCUUGGUGCCCGUCACGGGGAGAUUAGCAAAACCCAUCUUUUUUUUUUUAUUUAUUUUCUAUUUUUAAUAAAAAAGGAGUAAAAAAAAUUGUUAUUAUUAUUAUUAUUAUUAUUUUGUACACCAAAGGAAAAUUUAAAUUAAAUUUUUCUUUACUCAUUCUCUUUCUUUCUUUUUUUUUAAUUUAAUUUUGAGAAUUUUUAAUUUAUAUUGUGGUCUAUGAAGAAUCUUUCUUUUUAUUUUUUUUUUCUGCUAAUUAAGCUGAAAAAAAAAAUAUUGGAAGGAAGGUGUUUGUUGCUUUUGGGGGUAAAUAUGAUAUAAAAAAAUAUUUAGUUGACAAUGUUUAUAAGAAA